AUGUUGGUUGAACCCAAGACAGAUUACGUGGUGUGCAAUCCCGCCGCUGAGAAAUGGGUGACCGUACCAGCCACCGAGUGGUCCAGCAAGGUAGAUGACGUCCGCCUGGGAUUCGACUCGGCCGUCUCCUCCCAUUUCCAUGUGUUUGAGUUGGUACCUACCUUGUCUUUGGAUGUGAAUAAGGGGUAUGACGAUAGCAUCGAAGAGGUUGGGAUCUACUCUUCUGAAGCUAGAGAUUGGACACAUCAAAUUGAAUGGGACUAUCCAUUUGUGAUAGGCAACUUUUCAGGUAGCGCAUUUCUCAGCGGGGUGUUGUAUUUACCUUCUGGUCAUGAUUCGGUUGCAGCCAUCAACGUGGAAGGAAAUUGUAGGAUCAUUUCUGUUCCUACCUCACAUGAUGGUGGUCCUGAUGUCUAUGUAUCUCGGGGACAAUUGUAUCUCACAAUUCAGGGUGCUUCUGAACUAUCGAUCUGGGUUCUUACAGAUUCUAGUAGUGAAAAUUGUUGGACCUUGAAGCUCAAUGGCAGCUACUUGCAACUGUUUGGAAUAGAGUAUUCAAGCUCUAAGCACAGGGUUAUCUCAGCCCAGCCAGAACACGAUGUGAUAUUCAUAGCCGUAGAAUCCGAAUCGGGGUACUUAUCACUGGUGAAAUUGUGUUCAUACGAAAUGGAUUCUGGGGAGCUGCGUGUCAUAUGUGAUCUUGGAUGGAAUUCCAGUUGCCCUUAUCUUCCAUAUGUUCCUUUGUUCUCGGAGUCAUUGGCAGAUGGGCACUAA